GCUAAGUUGACUGAGUCGACUUUUAGGCAGCCACAUUAGUAAUCUCACCUUCCGGAGAUCGCAGCCUGUUUCCUGACAAAUGUCUUUUGCGCCCGCACACCAUUCAACGUUCCCAUCGAAUCCUCACGCCCGCGGCGUGGCCUCCAACCUAGCGUACCUAUCUUGCUGCAUAGAUUCUCGAGCCUUCAUUCGUCUCCUUCUGGAAUAGCCAACUUCGGCGCCACCCCACCCCCCGCUGUGACGGUGCCACCUUCCCCUUCGAUCUCAAGCCCGUCAGCGGCGAAGCCACAAGCAGAUAGACAGAUCAACCACCCAACCAUCACGAGUACAAUGGCAAAGCUCACGGGCCUUCCGCCUGAGAUCAGAAACAGCAUCUACGACCUUCUGAUCAUCCUCGAUGAGCCAAUCCCAAUCGCUUCGCCCCGCAAAGAGCAUGUACGGAAGAAGCAAGAACACUCCAGCCUUGCGAGCUUACUGAGAGUCAACAAGCAAAUCAAUCAAGAGGCAAAGACCCUAUUCUACGCACGCAGUACAUUCAUCGUAGGCAAUGGAUCCUGGGGUUCAACUUCUCAGGUCAACGUGCAAGCCUUGAAAGAAUUCAUUAGACGAGUACCCAAGGACUGCAUUGCUCUCAUUCAUAAGAUCGAGCUCGACAUCUGUCUUGUGCGUUUCUACAACCGACACAGAAAUUUCCACCGUGUUCGCAAAGAGGACAUCAGCCAACUGGAGAUGGUCAGCCGAGCCUUGGCGAAAUACUUCAAGGGGCUUGAGUCAGUUUCGGCGGCCAUGGUCAAUAUCAUCACUUACCCCCACACAGACAGUCGUGGAUGGCUAGAAUACCCCAUACAUGGCAAUGUUGGUGUACUCGCGAAACCGAUCUGGAAAAUCUUGACUUUGCCGGCACUGAAGCAGCUCUAUUUUAAGUAUGAGAGUUCUCCCGAUAUCAAGACUUUGGUGGAGGCUGUAUUGGAAGGAAAUGAGGAAGCAAAAGACAAGGUCAAGAUGAUGAAGCAAGAUGGCAGUAUUGUUCCUCUCUUGACGGUUACUCCCUGACUGUUCGAUCCUAUCGUGGAACAAUCUCCUCGUCAUCUUCCCGAUUCCCUCCAGUUAUACAACAUUGGCACUUUCUAUGGUAUUACCAUUCUAUGCGUCUCGAGUACAUUGAAUACAAGUCCCACUAGGAUAAUCUCUCAUAACCUUUCAAAUGGAGAAACUGGAUGUGAUUCAGAUAGUCCUAAUGCGUUAAGAACACUGUAUGCGUAUGCG